AUCAUCAAUGCGAUGUGCUCCUCUGACUGUCAAAGCCAAGAACAAGGAAGAUCAACGAGAAAAACUUUAUAUAGAUUGACAGUGCAAGUCUAGAUUGAAAUUCUGCCUCAAAAUCUUUGUUCUUUUUCUUCUUAUCCAAAAACUACAUAUAUAUAUAUAUAAUAUAUAUACACACAUAUACACAUGGUGAAGCUAGCAUCUGCAAGAGAAAGCCGAAUGUACGGGCCCCGGCUGGCCCGAAACCGGACGGAGUAUAUAAACGCGGGGCUAUACCUGUUUGCCACCAUUGUCCUUCUUGGCGGGUUUGCUGCCCAGUUCUCUAGCGAGCCCCAGUCUGGUCUUGUCCUUUUGCUCAUAGCUUUAGCGUUUAUGAUAAUGGUUAAUGUGCAUGAUCUUUUGGCGCAUCUUGCUGGGUUCGAUUACCGCUUGCAAUUGAUGGGGUUCGAUCUCCAGCUUGCGUUCGUGGAGUUUGUGGUCCCAGUGGUUCAGGCGCUAGGAUCUGUUCUCUUCUUCUUGGGGAUUCUUUUUCUUUUUAUCCAGGAAGAGAGAGGAUAUGGCCACCUGAAGUUGGAAAAGCAUGGUCUGAUCAACAUGCUCAUUGCUGGCCCUGUCUUAUGGGUGCUUGGAUCGAUCCACAACUCAUGUCAAAUCUAUGAGAGAGCUGGUGGGCAUGUCCAAAUGUUGCAGCACACUGUCCAAAUUCCAUUUUUGAUGGGGAGUGUGCUAUUCUUGGUGGGUGCAAUUCUCAACUGCCGUGAGCAAGCUGGAUUAGCCCAUCAUGGACUAGAUCUACUAGGUAGGACUUGGAUCUGGCUAGGCAUAUUUGGCAGCCUUCUGUUCUUUCUUGGGGGCUUAGCAAAUGUAGUUAAGGUGUUCAAGAUGCAGCAGAUUGAUGGAGUAAGGCUGGAGAAACUGCGGGGAGGGGCACAAGAACGGCUGAUGCAAGUAAGGGAAGGUCAGGUCCCCCUCAUACUAGAAGAGCAGCGAAGAAGGCGAGAACCCGAGGAAAUAAAAGUGGCAUCCGGGCCGACAACUUCAUCUAAGGAUGUCCUCUAUAUGCUUCUGUGCCUGGGAACCUGACAAUGAAAUGGGUUUGUUUGUAGCGGUGAUAAGGGGAGCACAUUUUUGUUGUCUUCUAUAAUAGGGUGGGUUAUUGUUCAAAUGGCAUCUGUAUCCAGUCAACCGCAGUUUCGUUACACUCAACCUCCAUCCAAGGUGCUUCAUCUGCGAAACUUACCAUGGGAGUGCACGGAGGAAGAGCUGAUUGAACUUGGAAAGCCAUUUGGUAAAGUUGUGAACACAAAGUGCAAUGUUGGAGCAAAUCGAAAUCAGGCUUUUAUUGAAUUUGCUGAUUUAAAUCAAGCUAUUGCUAUGAUAUCGUAUUAUGCUUCAUCCUCGGAGCCAGCUCAAGUGCGUGGCAAAACUGUCUACCUACAGUACUCAAAUAGGCAAGAAAUUGUGAACAACAAAACUACUGCUGAUGUUGCUGGUAACGUACUGUUGGUAACAAUAGAGGGUGAGGAUGCACGCCUUGUCAGCAUUGAUGUUUUACAUUUGGUUUUUUCAGCUUUUGGAUUUGUGCAUAAGAUUACUACCUUUGAGAAGACAGCAGGAUUUCAGGCCCUGGUACAAUUUUCAGAUACAGAAACUGCCUCUUCUGCAAAGAAUGCCCUAGAUGGAAGAAGCAUUCCUAGGUAUCUUCUUCCAGAGCACGUGGGACCAUGUACCCUUAGGAUCACAUAUUCUGCGCACACAGAUUUGAGUGUGAAAUUCCAGAGCCACCGAAGCAGGGACUACACUAAUCCUUACCUUCCUGUUGCUCCGUCAGCAAUAGAUGGAAAUGGCCAGUUAACUGUUGGUUUGGAUGGGAAAAAGCUAGAACCAGAGAGUAAUGUUCUUCUUGCGUCUAUUGAAAACAUGCAGUAUGCUGUCACUUUGGAUGUUUUACACAUGGUGUUCUCUGCUUUUGGGCCUGUCCAAAAGAUUGCCAUGUUUGAUAAGAAUGGGGGUGUACAGGCUUUGAUCCAAUACCCGGAUGUUCAGACUGCUGUUGUUGCCAAGGAAGCCUUGGAAGGACACUGCAUCUAUGAUGGAGGAUUUUGCAAACUUCACAUCUCGUAUUCACGCCAUACCGAUCUCAGCAUUAAGGUCAACAAUGAUCGGAGCAGAGACUAUACAAUUCCCAACAACCCUGUGGUGAACUCCCAACCCUCAAUUCUGGGGCAACAGCCGGUUUCAGGAAUGGGUCCUACUGUUCAAUACAAUGGGGCCACAUUUACUCCAACGCCAGAGCAGCCUGCGAUGCCUCAGCCUUCAGCUGGGUGGGGUCCUGGUGUACCACCAAUGCAUCAGUCCAUGCCGAUGCAGAUGCAUAGUAAUCCUUACAUGCCACCUGGGACAAUGCUGCCUCAAGUUGCCCCAGGAAUGAUGCAGUCAUCGAUCCAGAGUGGCAUGCCACAGCCAUCAAUGUUGCCGCCCCCUUAUGGAUCUGGCCAGAUGCGAUAGUGCCCUUCCCGGAAGGGUCUGUCUUAAUUGCUUCAUUUUCUGCUUUUUGGUUUUCUUUUCCUGCCCCUUUCUUUGGUUGUAAUUCUCUCUCAAAUUACACACUAAAAAUCGUUUCUUUUGUGUGUUAUAUCCAAACGUUUUAGCCGCUCUUGUUUCGUA